UAUGACUCAGAUAAUACACGCAGGUUCAAAGUACAUUCGUGCAAAUUACACUCUAAGAGUCUCGCGAGCACUGGCUCAUUGUCUCUCUCUGAGUCUCUCUCUAGUCCCACUCUUCCUCGUCACUCUCUUCUCCACUGUCAGACUCUCCAUCUGAGAUAAAGUCAAAAUUCGGAGAGAGAAAGGACGAGGAAGACAGAGAGGGAGAGAAUUUUGCCAAAGUACCGGUUUCAGCUGGAUUCCCUUCCUGAUACUGGACAGUAGGUCUCCGCGGGAGUCGGAGGGAGGAGGGGGCGGGGGAGCUCCGCCUGAUCUCGUC